AAUCACAUACAAUUGGCAAAAAAUUGGAAAAUUGUUUAGCUUAAAAAAUCAAAAAUAACAAAAGAAUCGAAUAAAUAACAAAGAAAAAUUAAUUUGACUAUAUUGAUUAGAACUGUUAACAUUGAUUUAAUAUGCAUAUAAAGCAGGUGAUUAUUCACGGCUUUAAAUCAUAUCGCGAACAAACAGUUGUCGAUCCCUUUGAUAAAAAACACAAUGUAGUGGUGGGAAGAAAUGGAUCAGGCAAAUCUAAUUUCUUUUCUGCAAUCCAAUUCGUACUCAGUGAUGAAUUCACUCACCUUCGUCCAGAACAACGACAAAAUCUUCUUCAUGAAGGUGUCGGGCAGCGAUUAGGAUCAGCUUAUGUUGAAAUAAUAUUUGAUAAUUCAGACAAUCGUGUCCCUAUCGAUAAAGAAGAAAUCUCAUUGAAACGCGUCAUAGGCGCAAAGAAAGAUCAGUAUUUUCUCAACAAGAAGAAUGUUCCACGUUCAGAAGUCGUUAAUUUAUUAGAAUCAGCAGGAUUCUCAAAUUCAAAUCCUUACUACAUUGUCAAACAAGGAAAGAUCAAUCAAAUGGCAACUGCUCCUGAUGCUCAUCGUUUGAAAUUGUUGCGUGAAGUUGCUGGUACUCGAGUUUAUGAUGAGCGUAAAGAAGAAUCGAAAACAAUUCUCAAAGAUACUGACUCUAAAGUUGAGAAAAUCACGGAGUUCCUUAAAACCAUCGAAGAUCGAUUGAAAACUUUAGAGGAAGAAAAGGAAGAACUGAAAGAAUAUCAGAAAUGGGAUAAGCUGAGAAGAAUGUUGGAAUACAUAAUUUAUGAAACUGAGUUGAAGGACAAUCGUCGACAACUUGAAGAUCUUGGAAACAGUCGGAAAAAUUCUGGCGAUCAACAGAAAAAGCUCACAAACGAAAUCCAAAAGAUUCAAGAGAAGAUAAAAACAAUUCAAAAGAAUUUAAAAGAUGCUAAAAAGGAAGUGACGACAUCGAAGGAAGAACGUUCAGUGUUAACAGCUGAACAUCAACAAUUACUUCGUGAGAAGACAAAACUCGACUUGACAAUCAAUGACUUGAAUGAUGAAGUUCAAGGUGACAAUAAAUCGAAGGAAAGAGCAGAACAGGAAUUGAAACGACUUGAACAGACAAUUGCUGAGAAAGAAAAAGAAUUGAAGCAAACAAUUAAUAAGAAAAAAACAAUUCAAGAUCUUCCGGAGGAAAUAAUUGAAAACAUUCUAAGUUAUCUAAAUGUUGAAUCAUUAAAAGCUGCUGCACUUACAUGCAGAACAUGGAACGAAAUCUCCUCCAAAAUAGGUUGGAAAUUGAAAUUGAAUUUAAACGAAAUUGGAGUAGAGCUAUGGGAUAACGUUCUGUUAAAAAGCAACAGAAAAUUCAACUCAAUUCGUCUUUGUGAAUAUGCUGAGAUGAGAAACAUUCGAUUGAUGAAUUUUUUUGAAAAACAUGGCGGAAAUGUUCAGAAAUUAGUUAUAGAAGGUGGAGAAUUCCAAAGUUUCAAAAUAUUCUGUGAUGUACUGAGUUCCAUGCCGAACUUGAAAAACUUCAGCUUUCGUUAUUCAGACACUCGAGGUAGAUUCGAAAACAAUUUCUUCGAAGAUCAUUUGCCUCAUCUUCAAAAACUGGAAACAUUAAACUUAAUGGAAAGUGAUUUUGAAUUGAUGAAGUAUUUCAAAAAGACCCAAAUCAAUUCAUUGGAAAUAGUGGAAUAUUGCAAAGAACAAAGUAUGGAGAAUCUUUUGGAAUUUCUGAGUUAUCAAAAGAAUUUAAAAAGUUUAAGACUUUUAAAAUCAAAUUUUGGAUGGCUCAUUUCAAAAUUCUUCAAAAUUUCUUUUGCUACUGAAAACAUCCCGUUUAAAUUGAAGGAACUUUCAUUAGACGGACACGAAAAAGAAACGCUCAAUGACUCUAAUAUUCUGAAGUUUCUAGAAUUCCAUUCGGAUACGGUUGAAAAGUUGGGAGUUGAUUGCACAUUGCCCGAUUUCGUCUUUGAAUUUAUUUUUUCCAAAUUCAAAAGACUUGUUUCAUUGACAUUCUUUGGUGUAGGACUUCCCAAUGAUCUACCUCUAUAUGAGAGAUUUGAUAUCAACACAAACAAUCGCGUUCCUAUCGAUAAGGAAGAAAUCUCAUUGAAACGCGUGAUAGGCGCAAAGAAAGAUCAGUAUUUUCUCAACAAGAAGAAUGUUCCACGUUCAGAAGUCGUUAAUUUAUUAGAAUCAGCAGGAUUCUCAAAUUCAAAUCCUUACUACAUUGUCAAACAAGGAAAGAUCAAUCAAAUGGCAACUGCUCCUGAUGCUCAUCGUUUGAAAUUGUUGCGUGAAGUUGCUGGUACUAGAGUUUAUGAUGAGCGUAAAGAAGAAUCGAAAACAAUUCUCAAAGACACUGACUCGAAAGUUGAGAAAAUCACGGAGUUCCUUAAAACCAUCGAAGAUCGAUCGAAAACUUUAGAAGAAGAAAAGGAAGAACUCAAAGAAUAUCAGAAAUGGGAUAAGCUGAGAAGAAUGUUGGAAUACAUAAUUUAUGAAACUGAGUUGAAGGACAAUCGUCGACAACUUGAAGAUCUUGAAAAUAGUCGGAAAAAUUCUGGCGAUCAACAGAAAAAGCUCACAAACGAAAUCCAAAAGAUUCAAGAGAAGAUAAAAACAAUUCAAAAGAAUUUAAAAGAUGCUAAAAAGGAAGUGACGACAUCGAAAGAAGAACGUUCAGUGUUAACAGCUGAACAUCAACAAUUACUUCGUGAGAAGACAAAACUUGAUUUGACAAUCAAUGACUUGAAUGAUGAAGUUCAAGGUGACAAUAAAUCAAAGGAAAGAGCAGAACAGGAAUUGAAACGACUUGAACAGACAAUUGCUGAGAAAGAAAAAGAAUUGAAGCAAGUGAAGCCACAAUAUGAGGAAAUGAAACGAAAGGAAGAAGAAUACAGUCGUGAAUUGGCUCUUAAAGAACAAAAACGUAAAGAGCUUCAUGCCAAACAAGGACGCGGUGCGCAAUUUUCAUCACGUGAGGAACGCGAUAAAUGGAUUCAAACUGAAUUGAAAUCACUCACAAAACAAAUAAAAGACAAAAUCUCACAUCAAAAUAAGCUUACGGAAGAUUUAAAGCGCGAUGCUGUGAAGCAACAAGAAUUGGAGAAGAAAAUUGAAGACAAUAAUGAUGGAAUGGAGCAAUUGCGUAAGGAGAUUGAUGAGCACAAUAAAAACUUUUAUGAGUUGAAGAAGAAAAAAGAUUCCGAGCAAGCAAUAAGAAAUGAUUUGUGGCGUCAAGAAACGCAACUUCAACAAACUUUAACAUCGCACAAAGAUGAAUUAUCAAAAGCAGAUCAAGCUCUUCGAUCGAUGGCUGGAAAACCGAUUUUAAAUGGUCGCGAUUCUGUCCGUAAAGUUCUUGAUAUGUUUAUGGAGCGUGGUGGCGAACAUGCCAAAAUAGCGAAAGCUUAUUACGGUCCAGUGAUUGAGAACUUUAAUUGCGAUAAGACAAUCUACACAGCUGUUGAAGUGACAGCUGGAAAUCGUUUGUUUCAUCACAUCGUAGAAUCAGAUCGUGUUGGAACUCAAAUUUUGAAAGAGAUGAACAAACAGAAAUUGCCAGGUGAAGUGACAUUCAUGCCAUUAAAUCGACUUCAGUUUAAGAUGCACGACUAUCCUGACAACAAUGAUUCAAUUCCAAUGAUCAGCAAAUUAAAGUACGAAGAGAAAUACGACAAAGCUUUGCGUUAUAUCUUUGGAAAGACUUUAAUUUGUCGUAAUCUUGAACGUGCAACGGAAUUAGCAAAGACAACUGGGCUCGAUUGCGUGACAUUAGAAGGCGAUCAGGUGUCGUCAAAAGGAUGUCUCACUGGUGGCUUCUUCAACACAUCACGAUCGCGAUUGGAAAUGCAAAAGAAACGUACUGAAUACAUGCAAAUGAUUCAAGAUUUUGAAGAUCAGUUACAUGAGAUUCGUGUGAAGCUUAAAUCAACUGAAGUGAAGAUAAAUGAAAUUGUCAGUGAGAUGCAGAAAACAGAAACGAAAUUGGGGAAGUCAAAAGAUGCUUUCGAGAAAGUUCAAGCUGACAUUCGUUUGAUGAAGGAAGAAUUGACGAGAAUUGAACGUUUUCGUUCGCCAAAAGAACGUUCGCUUGCACAAUGCAAGUCGAACUUGGAAGCGAUGAACAGUACAAAGUCAGGAUUAGAAAGCGAAUUGCAUCAGGAAUUGAUGGCACAGUUGUCAGUGCAAGAUCAGCGUGAGGUUGAUCAACUUAAUGACGAUAUUCGUCGUCUCAAUCAAGAAAAUAAAGCAGCUUUCAGUUCUCGAAUGAGUCUUGAAGUGACGAAGAAUAAACUUGAGAAUUUAUUGACAAAUAAUUUAAUUCGACGAAAAGAUGAAUUGAUGCAAGCACUUCAAGAAAUUUCCGUUGAAGAUCGUAAACGUCAAUUGACGAAUUGUCAAAAUGAUGUUGAAAAUGUUACGAAACGAAUAGAGAAAGUGACAGCGGACUUGAACGACAUGGAGAGCAAAGUUAACAAAGCUGUCAAGAAUCAAAAAACUCAUCAGAAAGAUUUGGAAAUUUUAAUGCAAAAAGAACGUGAUUUACAAGAUAAAAUUGAUCAAGAUUCGAAGAAUUCUGAAAAAUAUGCUGCGAAGGAAAAUUUGUUUCGACAAAAAAUUGACGAAUUUACUGAGAAAAUUUCCAAUCUCGGUGCGCUUCCUCAAGUCGACAAUCAUUACAUGAAAAUGUCGUUGAAAAAGCUUUUCCAAGAACUUGAAAAGGCAAAUCAUCAUCUUAAGAAGUAUAAUCACGUUAAUAAGAAAGCUUUGGAUCAGUUUUUGAGCUUUUCAGAGCAAAAGGAAAAAUUGUACAAAAGAAAAGAAGAACUUGACAUUGGUGGUGAGAAGAUCAAGGAACUUAACUGA